UUAUUUAGUAAAUUUUUUCUGUUAAUAAAUUUUAUUUUUCAAAAUAAUUUUACUGAAUAUUAUUUAAAUUUUUUUAAUUAAAUACUUUUUUUAUGAAUUAAUUAACUUAUAAAUUAAUUUAAAGAGAUAGCGUAAACGAGAAAUUAAUGAAACUUUUGGUUGGCAAUACUGACAAUUUUUGGAUAAAGAGAAGUUUUCAUUCUGUCUACAUAACCUCAUUUGCUCGCACGUGUUAUUGUUUGUAUUUAUUUUGUUUUAAAAAAAAAAAAGAAUACGUAUAUAAAUUAUGGAAAAUGUCACUCAUUUGUGGAAUGUAACAAAUUUUUUUACAAAAUUUAAUGACAAAAAUAUAAACAAUUUACGUAACUAUUAUGUAAAAUGUUGUCGAGAACAGGAGAAAUUCGUUGAAUUACCAAAAAAUUGUUUUGGUCCAUCAAUCAUGUGUCGUCACUGUGGAUCAUUUUGGAAUAAAGUUAAACACAGAAAUCGUUUAAUUCCAAGUAAAGUAAUAAAAAAAAAAUUCAAUUUCGAAGAAAAUGAUAAACAAUUAUCAAAAUUUCGUUCAUCACUUGCACGUAAAUGUUUACGUGGCAAAAUAAAUAAAAUGAUUAUUAAAUGUUUUGUAUGUUCAAAAUAUUCUCAAAUUCCACGUAAUAAACCAAUUAAAUUAAAUAAAAAUAAAUCACUAAAUCAAAUUAAUAAUAAAGAAAUUCAACAAUCAAAUAAGAAAAAAAAGAGACGAUCAAAAGAUAAAACUGCCGGUUUAAAUAUAUCAUUAUCAAAUUCAUUUGUAUCAACUCCAAAUAAAAUUUCAACACCAAUUCAAAAAGAAAGAAAAGAAAUAAAAAAAGUAUUAACGCCACUUGUAAAAGUGAAAAAUAUCAAUAAAGAAAGACUCAGUAAUAUUUUAAAUAACGAUAGUGGAAAAAAAAGAAAUAGUUUAAGUAAUUUUUUGAAAGAACUUUAUUAAUUAAAAAAAAAAAAACAUAAUUUUUAGAAAUAUGUAUUUUUAUAGUACAAAUAACGCUAAAAUUUUUUUUUUUUUAUAUUACAUUGUAUGAAUUUAUUCAAUUAGUCAAUUUUGAUAAUUGAAUAUUAAAUAUACAGAAACUUAUUUCUAAUCGACGAUUAUAUAAUAAUGUAAAUUAUAUAUAUAAUUGAUUGUAUCAAAUCAAUUGAAAAUAAUAAAUGCCUAUAUUU